GUUAGGAUGCUGGAGAAGGGGAAGGGGAGGGAAAAAAAAAUCCCUUCACAUCCCCAGCUCAGCCAUCCACCGCCAGCCAGCCGCACUCAGGACAAUAACACAGCUGUGGAUGCUGAACGGCCACCAGCCGCUUGCCACCUCUCCCACAGCCUGCUGCCUGUGAGCGGAGAGACAGCAAGGGGGGGACUCGCCCAGGGCUGGCAUUUGCCUUUCCCUCCAGAGCUUCGCCUGGAUCCGCGCAGGGCUGCGAGCCAGAGGGUGAGGCAGCUGGGGGAUUGCAGAGGCUGGGAAAAUGGAGAUCACGGAGGCUGGCGCCAUUCAGCAGGAGAGGCUGCAGGCCAUAGCGGAGAAGAGGAAACGUCAGAUCGAGAUCGAAAAUAAAAGGCGGCAGCUCGAGGACGACAGGCGCCAGUUACAGCACCUAAAGUCCAAGGCUCUGAGGGAGAGGUGGCUGCUGGAAGGAGCCCCGUCGUCCGCCUCCGAGGAAGACGAGGCCAUGAAGAAGCAGAUGCAGGAAGACGAAGUGAAGACCAAGGAGCUGGAAGAAACCAUCCAGAGGUUAGAGAAGGAGCUGGAGAUUCUGGAGAACGGGGACUCGGCGCCUUCCACCAAGGAGAACCUGGGGAAGGAGGCAGCAGUGACAGCAAAGGAGGAGAAAGCAGCAAACGCACAGAAGACUCCGCUGGGCACAGCUAAAGCGGAGCAGAAGAUCUCCAACAGCCCCUUGAAGUUGGUGGAGGCCACUGACAUGAUGAAGGCAGCCAUGUACUCAGUGGAGAUCACAGUGGAGAAGGACAGAGUAACUGGCGAGACCAAAGUCCUAUCCAGCACCACCCUGCUCCCCAAGAAUCAUUGCCUGCAGGGGGUCAAGGUGUACGAGGAUGAGAUGAAAGUGGUGCACGCGGUCCACAUGGAGGAUGGAGCCAUCGAGAACGGGGUCCACCCUCUCAGCUCCUCUGAGGUGGACGAGCUGAUCCACAAGGCAGAUGAGGCGAACCUGGGCGAGGUCUCCCAGAGGGACUCCAAGACCAAGGAGCGUGAAGAGGCCAAGAAGGGGGGUCCCGAGAGUAACCUGCCCAGCCAGAAGACCACGCCCCGGAAGGAGAUCACUGGGGUGCAAGCCAAGCCAGUGGACAGCCCGAGAAUCCUGGCCUCCGGUGAAGGGGCAGAGCCUAGCAAAGAGCAGCCGGUCACCAUGAUCUUCAUGGGCUACCAGAACGUGGAGGACGAGAACGAGACCAAAAAGGUCCUGGGUCUGGGGGGCACCAUCAAGGCUGAGCUGGUGGUGAUUGAUGAUGCCGACACCAAGCCAGCAGCAGCCGGAGCGGCAGACUGCACGGGCAAGGACCACGCCCCACCCAACGGCAGCACCGUGGAGCCCGUGGCCGCCCUGCCGCAGAAGGAAGACAGCCAGGUCGGGGAGAAGCCAGGGGCCAACGACACGGAUCCCAAGGGAGCCGAUCAGGACCUAGACAUGAAGAAACACCGUUGCAAAUGCUGCACGGUGAUGUGAAACGUCCGCCAGCUCCUUCUGACCUCCCCUCAUUGUACAGCCAAAAAGGACUGCCCCCCACCUUCUGUUACCCUGUCCCUCUUAGUUCCCUAGGUUCCACAAACUCCAAGUGACACCGUAUUUUAUUUACUUACCAGACACAACUUCUUUUUCUUAAGAGACUGGGGAAUCAAAUGCAGUGUUUGUAAAGUGUAUAAUAGGCAGCACCAUCUCCCGGCCGCGGCAUCGCUCGUCUGACGUCCGCUUCCAUGCAAUAUGCCAAUGGCGCUGAAUAUUAUAUGUAUUAUACACGCUUAUUUUUUCCCCCUUGCCUUUGUCUCUCCCCCCUGCUCCCCCGUGCCAUGGUGGGGUCUCUCAGAGAUCCUCAGCCCACUAGGGAUGGCCAUCAUGGAACUCUCCCACCUGUAGGGCUCCCAUUUUUUUUAUUUUACUGAUGGCUUUUCCCCUCGUUAAAUGACACCCUCCGCUGUUAUCCGAAGGAUGCUGGAGCUAAUCUCACUGAUGUGGGGGGAGGGGCUCAGCAGAGGGUCAUCGGACUAAGAAGCCUCCUUAGAUGGUUCUUCAAAAACUGGCUGCUGUUAGGACUUUCUUCCCGGCCUUAUGGAAGGGGAAGGAGGGAGACCACUCACGUCCCAGCUCUUUCUCCACACGCCCUGGCGUCAACGGGCCACGGUUUAGAAACACCCAGGCCACCUGCUCCAGCAAGACAGAAGCUCCUGUCCAGUGGCAGCUUGACUAUCCCCCGCACCCCGGGUUCGUUUCGACGACGGGUCUCGGGAAACCCGAGCGGCACAGACCCAGCGCCCCAAACCACAGCUCCACAAGAAGUUUGAAGCAGAGGUUUCAGCCGGCACGUGAGCUGCUGGGCCGCACUUAAAUUUGGCCUGAUCUUGCUGCUUAGAGUUUUUAAGCACUGACCUGAGCCUUCAAACCAGCCGCAAGAUGAACUGUUUCCACGGCAAAAGGAAAAGGACACUCCCUGGAGAUGAGACCUCUGCAAGGUGCGUGUGACGUUCCAACACAGCUUGACCAAGGUCCGUGGAGGUGGUCUGUGAGAUGGACCUGUUGUUUCAACACCUAAAGUUGACCGUUCCAGGUGCAACGUGCAGCUCCAGAAAAAUGUAGCAGUGUGAAAAAUAAACAGGUCCCUGCUGGAUUUCCAGGCAGCAGAAUCAGUCAUUCCGGAGUCACUCCUUCUCUCAAGGAACUUCUCAGUCCAGCACUCACAGUGGUGACCACAAGCCUUAAGGUACUUUAUUGACCCCGCUGGUUUGAAUGCCGGAACCGGGGCCUAUCAGCUCCCACACCCCUGUGAUGUCAUGUCGUCUGCUGGUUUCUACAGAAGAGCGGCUCCCUCAUUUCUUAGCUGGCUUUUCUCUGCUGGAAUGACAAGGCCGUGAAGGGGCGAGGUGGUUGGAAGGACGUUGACUGCGUCUCCCCUGGCAUUAACUUUUCCCUUGUAGAUGCCACGCCAGUAAGGACAUCGGCCACUGAGCUGAUGACCAGAGAUGCUCCCAGUUGUGGACAGUGGAUGAAAUUGGAGGAGGUCGGCCCAAGUCGUGGCCAGCGGGAGAAGGGUCUGCUCGUCGGGAGUUCUGGAGGGUUGUUCUGAACAUGCUUGUGGUCAUUAACCUUUGGAGCCCUGGUUAGCCACAGGUAGGGCCCUGUCAGCACCUCCACCCACUCAGCACCGGCAGCCCCCUGGCAUCAAUGCUGUCACCAGGGCAGCCCUCCCACGCAACACGCUCGUGUGGACAAAGUCUGAGCCCUCCAGUCCCUUGGCUUGUCCUCACUCGAGCCAGUGAGCCAGGUGCCUUAUUGCUGCUUGGGUGGGGGGAUUAUGAUUUGCCUUUGGCAUCACCUAGUGGCAUUGAUGGGUCCCCUCGAGCCAGUUGCUCGUUCAGCAUAUUUGGCCCUGGCAAAGCAAAAGGGUUUUCACUUUGUGGCCAAGGAGCCCAGCAAAUGGCUUUGAAGGGGUGCAUAGUUGGGCAGCUGCCACAAUUGCUUGGAGACGCCCCUAAACCAGGCCCCAAUCCUGCCAUCCUUGAUACCUGUGCAGGCCUGCUGACACUAACGGGGUUGUACCAGCUGCACCUGAAAGCAGAACCACCCCCACUCCCACGUAAAGAGAUGGGGCUGGAUUCUACUCUCGGCUACCCGCUGACUGCUGUGGGUCUGCCCCAGAGCUUGGGGACUCCUCUGGGGGUCACUCACAGAGGUUCCCCCCCUCAGAACAUGUUUAUUCUUUAACGCUGUUAUGCUGAAGGAGGGUACCUGGUUUUUAAAGCAGCUAAGUGAGUGGCGAUGCUUUGCUCGGCUCAGAGCAGGGGAAACUUUAGUUCUUUUGCUACUCCUGGUUCGAGUUUGUAGCUGGCCGCUGGGCCCCAGCCACCUCCAGGGAGCUUCCGGUUCUUCUCCAGGAAGAACCAUUCUCGGGAACACCUCGCGGGAGCUCUUCAGAACAGAUGCCUCCCUGAUCCCUAAUCGUUUUCCUUGCACCCACUCUCCCUGCAGCGCAGAGCUGUGGGCGUGGCAAGAUCAGGCACUUGCUCCCCUGAUCACGCCCGAUGAAUUGCAGGCCAGACCCCAGCUGGUGUAAAUUGCCGGAGCGCCGUCAACUUCAGUGGAGCGACGCCAGCUCACUGACACCAGCUGAGGAUCUACCCCAGGUUCUGCAGCAGAGCAUGACCCGGGAGGCAGUUCUGCUCUGCGACAGCCAGAUUGGCAAGGAUGCUGCAGGGCCCCCAAAGGCAGCUUGUUGGCUGGCUGCCUUUGGGCCCGCAUCCAAGUGGGCGGCCCUUUCCUGCAGAGUGGGUUGCAUAGGGGAGGCAAUGGGAGUUCGGGAUAAACCCCAUCCAGCAGAACAAAUCAAGCAAUGGGCCACGACCCAGUGGUGCCAGUUGAAUGCAGGCUCGGAGCGAGUGCUGAGACCACAUGGAUUGUGUCCUAGGGCGACUGCAUGCGGGUCUCGGGUCUCCUUUGCUGCGACAGGGGCUGAAAUAGGACAUGCUGUAGGGUUGGUGGUCGGUCUAGAGAUUGGAGCUUGUGUAGCGCUCGUUGCACAAGGAGAAGCUAACGCUCGCUUCGUGUUUGGUUCGGGACGGCAGAGUCAGGGAUGCAUUGGAGCUGGGUCAUUCAUCUGCAGUGAAUCAUUUAUCGAUACGACUUUAGACCGUUUUCCCACUCCGCAGACAGACUUGGAUGCUGAUUGCAAAUUUGCUCAUUACUGGAAACAGGUCGACAAACGCUCGGUGAAAACGAGCUUCCGCCAGCGAGAUGUUGGCAGACCACUCGCUCCGGGAGCUUGGCAUUAAGCGGGGCAUCAGGUUGCGGACCUGAGUCGUUGGUAUCGCCUCGGCUUUCCAGCUGGAGUGUUGAAAUUGGUUCCGAGCGGGGACGAGGGAAGAGAUUUGAGGAGGUGCCCCUGGGAAUGCUUCCUGCAUGGAGCACACAUUUGCACGCGUGUGAGCGAGCCGUGAGCUUCCCAGGAACGUUCUUGCAGACAAAGGAACACGAAAGCUUUUGGGCAUGUUGGCGGUAAUCACACCUAAUGCCCUCAAGGUCAAUCUGGGCGCCAGAUCUCCAGCUGGGGUGACUUGACUUGGUUCCAUGGGAGUCACUGGGUCAGAUCCCCGUCUUGUGUAAGUCAGCCCAGUUCCAUUGACUCCAGUGGAUUUAUGCCUUCGGAGGGCCUGGCCCCGGGAGUGGAUGAAUGCUUUUUAUUUGUUGAAAAUGUUUGCCCGGCACUAGAGGCUCUGGGGCCAGAUCCUCACCUGGUGUAAAUGGGAAGCCCAGUGGCGUUAUGCCAGUUGACGCCAGCUGUGGGGUGCAUUGGUGCCAUCACCGCCAUCUUUCCGCCAGGAUGUAGGACCGCGGGUUCCAGGCUGGCCAGUUGACGGGUAGGUGAUAAGUGUGGGGAGGUGGCGCCAUGCAACUUUGGUUUUCACCCUGUUCUCUCACGUCAUCCUUAGAGGUUGAGCUCACACAGGUGUUGCCCACCGACAACGGCAGCUUCUACCCAGGCAUGCUGGUCCUGAAGGGGGACAUCAUCCUUGCUUCUCUGUUAUGUGAAAAUUACCGCUGGGCAAGAUUAACAGCAUGUGCCCUGUGGGCUUAACUGGAUGUUUCUCUGCAGAGGGGUAAAUUUCACCCUAAUGUGAUGUCUCAAGGAUUAACCAAAGAUCAGGCCCCUGACUGCACAUAAUGGUCUCCCUCCUUCUCCCUCCCCUUGCAAUUUGUGUAGCAUUCGCUGUUAGAGCAUUUCCCCUGCUGUGCAGCUUGAAAGGUUCCUGUGCUCGGUGUUGCCCCGGUGGCUACUCCCUGCCACACCCAGCUGCGGUUUUCGCACCUUUCCACUCCGUGCUGGUGGUUCUUGUCCCUGGCGUUAGUCCUUGUUUGGUGAGUCAUCCUGAGAGGAAUCGGGAUCGUGGCAAAGCUUCUGGACUACAACACAUGGGCCGCCUGCGUGCCCAUGGAAAUAACCCACCCAGGGCCAGACCCAUUCUUCCCCCUCACUUCACUGACUUUGAGAGGGGCCCAAUGGGAGGCAGGAGUGAAGUUGGCGCACAAAUACUUUUUAACCUCUUGGUUUCUAUGUGCCCACACGCCUGCACGCAGAGAGAGACCUCACGCCCUGAAGCCUUGAUCAACAGGGAAUACAUUUUACAAUCAAAUUGUUAUUGUCACGUCUAGCGCCGAUCCAGCAAAGCACAAAAGCCCGUGUGUAACUCUGAGCGUGUUCUUUGCUGGACCAGGGGUCCCUCGCCUGUUUGCACCCGGUUCCGUUUCCAGUCUCCUCAAGUUCCUGUUCAAAGGUUCUCGUAGCGGUAGGAGGGCCGGGCCCAGAGAAGCAGAUCCUGGUUAGUCACUUGUAUUUUUUCCACUAGGCUGGCCAGUUCUCUUCAGGCUGUGACAAUCAUUUCCCCAGGGGCCGACGGAGGCCGACGCUUUCCUCUCAGUGCUCAGCCUCGGACCCUUGGCCUUCGAACACAGCAGUAUCACACAUGCUUCUCCCCUGGGAUUGGGGUGUAGACUAGCUUCCCCUUGUGGCCCCUGGAAGAGGCACCCGACUACCCAGCAUUGGGUUUGGCGCAAUCCAGGAUGGAUGCUGGCAAAGCUUCGCCCGGAGCUGAUUCCACACCCCUCAAUUAUUUCAUUUAACCGAUGGUCUUCGCCCACAUGGCUGAGAACUUUGCCAAAGAAUAACGUUAAGGACCCUGGGGCUUUAUCUGUAAUCAUGGCUAUGAAACAGGGCGCGGGUGGGAGGGCCGUAGUGGGAGGCCACAAGUGGCUCGCUGGCUGUGAGGUUCUCAAGGGGGUGAAGAGGAGUGUGGCGGGGUGGUGGGAGAGUGACCCAGCUGUACAAAGAGUGAUGUUGGCUGCCCUUGCCAGGUGGCCAUUAUCCUCCCGUAGCCCCUUCCUUGGUCCCGUGCCAACCUGGCGUGGGGCCAGACUGUGUCCUCUCCUCCACGGCCGGUGGCUGCUGAGAAUCAGCCAGCUUCAUGUCACCUGCUGGGCAGGGAUCUGGCUCCUAGGGUUCCACGGAUCUGGCCUUAGUCCAGCCCUGGGAGCUCUUGCUGUUCUGGGGGCAGCCCCGUCCCCCAGUCCACGCAUGGGUCAUAUGGGGAGUUACGCUAUGGGGCAGAAUUCCCCCAGGUUCCAGUUUAGCUCUGGACCCAAGUCAGGCUUAAACCAGGCACAGCCUAGCCACCUAGGGCCCGAGUCUGCUCCUGAUGAGCUUUCUGCUGCUGCUGUUAAUGGACUCAGGAUCGGGCCCUUGAUUCCUCAACCGGAUCAGGGUGGGGGUGGCUUGAGGGGGAGAAAGCAGGAGCCCAGCACAUUCUGAACGGGAGACUGGUGUGUGGCCCCCUCCUAUAGCCCCUUCCCCCCCAUCUGCCUGGCCCCUUCCCAGCCGGUGUAUGUACAGGGCGGUCCCUCUGUGAGUCCACCCCCACCACCCCGCCAUUCCUCCCUGCCCCCCCCCCCCCGCUGCGUGACUCGGCUGAAGUGCACUUCCCGCGCUCCUGUGCUUUUUAAUUGUGACGAGCCAUUUGACGUUACAGCCCCCAUUGUUUGUAAUACACCCGAACUAAGCCAAUAAACGGUGUGACUAAUCAGG